GAGUGAGAGAGGAGGAGGUGGAGGUACAGUCUGAGGGGGCGGAGCCAGCGUGUCUCGUGCUCGCUUAGUUAGCGGAGCGGCUCGCGGGCAGCAGGCAGAGGGAUGGUCUCGCGCUCAGCAGCGGGCAGCACGGGGUCAUGUUGUCCGCGCGGCUGCAGACCUUCCCGCGUGUCACCUUCAGCGGAGCGGGAACCGCGACGACUCCUCCGACUGGGAUGGGCGGGGAGCCGUGUCCUCACAAGCUGGGAUCCACCAAUCACCUGCGACUUCUGCUCUACAUCCUCAUCCCCACGGCGAGCCUGCUGGCCGGCCUGCUGCUGCUCGUCCUGGCCCUCACAGGUAUAUUUGGCAGCAGCCUCUUGGACUCCAGCCCCCUCCCCUCCCCCGAGCCCAUCUUGGAUGGUGACCCUGGUUACCACAGCAACAGCACAACCCGCUCCUCCUCCUUCUCCCCCAUUGAGACGGCGAACGCCACGGCCUCGCCGCGAAACCUCACCGAUGAGAGCGCAGCCGCCGCCACCAGCGCUUCCCCAGCUGCCUCCUCUCAGGCCCCGCCCACCCUGCCCUACACAAAGCCCCCCGAUUGGCUGACCUCUGUGACGUCACUGAACAGCGCCUGGCCGAUCAGCAGCACCUCAGCACCUGACUCAGGCAGCUGUCAGCUGAUCACGGAGCCUCAGUGCCACAUGCUGCCCUACAACCAAACAUGGCUGUCCUCCUCCGUCGCCGUGGUGAAGAGCUCCGAGGUCGACAUGCUGCUGAGGUUCUUCAGCUACCUCAGCCGACUGUCCUGCUACAGACACAUCAUGCUGUUCGGCUGCUCGCUGGCGCUGCCUGAGUGUGUCGCUGCUGACGCCUCGCACAGCAGGCGCGUCGUGCUGCCCUGUGCGUCGUUCUGCGAGGCAGCGAGGGAAGGCUGCGAGCCCGUCCUCCAGAUGUUCAACGCCUCCUGGCCUGACUUCCUGCGAUGCUCACAGUUCACCAACGCCACAUCUGCAUCACAGCCGCCGUCGUCAUCGUCAUCGUCAUCGUCAUCGUCAUCGUCAACAUCAACAUCAACAUCGUCAUCUUCAUUGCCAUCGCCCUCAGCGACGGCGAGUCCCGCCCCUCCUGCCUGUUACACUCCGAGACAGAUCAAAGGGAAACCCUCUGUAUGUGGUGGGAAGGACCACUUCCUGUGUGCCACAGGGAUCUGUGUCCCUCAGAAACUGGUGUGUAACGGGUACAACGACUGUGACGACUGGAGCGACGAAACACACUGUGUGUGUGCAGAAGGACAGUUCCACUGUCACACUGGACGCUGUCUCCCGCCCUCCCUGCUGUGUGACGGCUACGACGACUGUGGAGACCUGAGCGACGAACUCAACUGUGCGUGCGAUCUGACUCGUGAACAUCGCUGUGGCGACGGCCGCUGUGUGACCAGAGACUGGCUGUGUGACGGAGACCACGACUGCCUGGACAGGAGCGACGAGCUGAACUGCUCCUGUAAGAGUCAGGGUCUGUUGGAGUGCAGGAACGGUCAGUGUGUCCCCUCUGCGUUUCGGUGUGACGGAGAGGACGACUGUAGAGACGGCAGCGAUGAGGAGCACUGCAGCCGAGAGCAGACUCAGGGCGCGUGUCCUCCCGGUCAGCCCAGCUGCAUCUCCACUUCCUGUCCGUCAGUGUGCGGCGCAGGAAGUGCUGCCUGCGACCCCCGAAACAACAACAACAGCAACUGCGCUCGCUGUGAGCCCAUCAGUCUGGAGCUGUGCAUGAACCUGCCCUACAACCUGACCAGCUACCCCAACUACCUGGGCCACCUGUCCCAGAGGGAGAGCUCCGUGUCCUGGGAGUCCUCUCUGUUCCCCGCCCUGGUCCAGACCGGCUGCUACCAGUACCUCAUGUUCUACGCCUGCACGCUGCUGGUGCCAAAGUGCGACCCGGUCACCCUGCAGAGGGUCCCGCCCUGCAGGUCGUUGUGUCGGAAUGCCAAGGGGAAGUGUGAGUCGGUGCUCGGCAUUGUGGGCCUGCAGUGGCCUGAGGACUCUGACUGCGGUCAGUUUCCAGAGGAGGGAGGAAACACGACCUGCCUGCUGCCAGAGGCCGGAGUCGACGAGUGCUCCCCGAGCCACUUCAAGUGUCGGUCAGGUCGCUGCGUCCUGGCAACCAAGCGCUGCGAUGGACACCUGGACUGUGACGACCACAGCGACGAGGACAACUGCGGCUGCUCUGAGCGCGCUCUGUGGGAGUGUCCUGGCAGCAAGGUGUGCAUCAAAGCCAGUAUGAUCUGUGACGGCUUCCCAGACUGCCCCCUGCUGGUGGACGAGGCCAACUGCUCCGUGUGCAGAGACAACGAGCUGCCCUGCAACAACCAUCAGUGUGUUCAUCGGACGCUGUGGUGUGACGGGAAGAAACACUGUGCAGACAGCUCUGAUGAGUGGAGCUGCGUGUCUCUGUCCGAUCGAUCGGGUUCUGUCCUGACGGUGUUCAGGACUGCAGCAGAGUAUCAGGUCUGUGCAGACGAGUGGAACCACGAUCUGAGCGUGCUGACCUGCAACCAGCUGGGACUAGGAGUUCCCUCCUCUGUUUCCAUGGUAGCCGACCAGCCUGGCGUGCCAGGCCGUCGCCGUUGGUUACACGUCCAUCCUGAGUGGAACCUGCGGAACGGAUCUGCUCUGCAGGCCCGACUGGAGAAGCGAAGCCACGCGUGUCACUCCCGGAGGCGUGUGUCCGUGCUGUGUUCCAGAGAAGACUGCGGUCUGCGUCCGGCGGUGGGCCUUCACCCUCACAGGAGGAAGAGGAUUCUGGGAGGGCGUGUGUCGCGGAGGGGGGCGUGGCCCUGGCAGUGCUCGCUGCAGAGCGGUCAGAGCGGCCACGUCUGCGGCUGCGUCCUCAUUGGCCGCAGGUGGGCUCUGACCGUCGCACACUGCUUCGAGGGGAGGGAGAGCGCCGAGCUGUGGAAGGUGGUGCUCGGUCUGAACAACCUGGACCAUCCAGGGGUUCACAGUCAGAGCCGCGGCGUGCGCUCCAUCAUCGUGCACCCGCGCUACAACCGGGCGGUGGUGGACUAUGACAUCAGCGUGGUGCAGCUGGACUCCGAGAUCGAGGAGACGGAGUUCGUCAGACCCGUGUGUCUGCCCGAGGUCGGCCAUCUUCCCUCGCCCGACUCCUACUGUUACAUCACAGGCUGGGGUCACAUGGGCAACAGGAUGCCCUUUAAGCUGCAGGAAGGGGAGGUUCGCAUCAUCUCGCUGUCCCAGUGUCAGUCGUACUUCGACAUGAAGACCAUAACUCCCAGGAUGCUUUGCGCAGGCUACGACGCUGGAACCGUGGACUCCUGCAUGGGCGACAGCGGCGGCCCGUUGGUGUGCGAGGGCGUCGGCGGUCGCUGGACGCUGUUCGGCCUGACGUCAUGGGGCAGCGUGUGCUUCAGCAAAGUGCUCGGACCCGGAGUGUACAGCAACGUGACGCACUUCACGCCCUGGAUCCAGCAGCAGAUCUACAUCCACACGUACCUGACCGACUGACACCGCACACAGCACUUCCUGCUCCCGGCUCGCUGCUUCCUGUCUUCAGCAUUCCAGGGGGAAGUGAUGUCAUCGUUAAUCUCACACACACACACACACACCUUGCUCUACCUGUGCCUCUUCUGUCUGUCCUGGCAGCCUUCAGAUGCUGACUGCUGGACGAGCUGUAGGAUAAGCUAGUGCUACAGAUGCUAACUAGUUAGCGAGUAGACUUUGCUCAGAUUAACCUUCACUUAACACUGAAUUAUUAUUUUUCUUACUCUUCAGCGUUGGGUUUGAUGCUCAGAAAAGUAUGGAAGCAAAAGAGGCCAAAUGAUGACAGCUGAGGAGUUGAGCCACUGCUGAAUACUUUUAAUAUUUAAAUAACAUUUGUAUUAUUCGUCUGUCGGGUCCACGAGCGAUGACGUAUUUGUAGUUUUGAAGUGUUUGGAAGUAGCUGGAGUCUGUAGUUAUGUGGUUUAAAUUCUGCUUUCUCCAUUCUGAAGUUUCAGACAGAAAAUUCAGCUUUACAAUUAAGAAGACAAAAGAAUGUAAACAAGCCUGUUAGUCGUUUAUGACCUAAAAAUCGAGUAAAGUUAAAAAAUUAUGUUUAUGGAACAAUUCCACGAGCUUCACAUCUCAGAAAUACUUCGCUGCUGUAAACUCGGUGGUAUUCAGUGGUGGUUGGUUGAUUACAAAAAGUAAAUUAUUGUGGACUUUCUUUGCUUCCAUAAAUGUGAUUGGUUUUUACUUUACUGGUGGCUCGUUGGCAGGCGGAGAAUUAAAAUUCCUGAUGUUUUUAUGAUUGUGAACUGGACUCAUGACUGCAUCAAUACAACGUGAGCUGAGCUCUUUGUUGGCUUUAUGUGUUGUGUUGAGUGUGUGUGUUGGACGUGAACUGUUCCUUAUUAGUUCCCACACACACACACACACACACACACACACACUCCAUCUUCUGAACAUCAUCCAGUCCUCUGCUCUGAGUGUUAAAACUUUGAAUUAUGAAAACGUCGUCACAACGUUCAGGUGCUCUGCUCUGAAUUUCUAAAAGCUGCUAGCUAAAACAAACCAGCCGAGCACUCGACUUCCCACAAUGCUUCACUCUGUAGUGCCUGUACUUAAACUUAGCAGUGAAAAAACAACUUUGUUACCUGUCGUACUGUACGUGUGUGCGAGACAGAGAGAGUUUUGCUUCUUAACACACCGGCAACUUUGCUGGGCAACUGUGAUGGACAACAUUUAUCAGUGAGCUUUAUCCACACAACAUUGAUUUAAAUGUGUAAAACAUGCUGAUAAAUAACAAAGCAUAACUGUAGCAUAUUGCUAACUGGUCAGUGGUGAUUCAUGCUGUUAGCAGUGUGGCUUUAGCUCCUGUCCCAUCAAGUUGGUCAACUUUUGAGUAAGCUGUUUUAGCUUUUGCUAAGUUUGCUAGCAGGCCUACUAACACAAGUACUGAACUGCCACAUUAGUGCCAGCUAGAAUGUGAAGCACAAACACAACACAGCACCAACAUACAUAAUUACUUGAUGCUAUAUUUUGCUAAUCUUAGCAGCAAGCUACAUUAGCUUUUGUAAGCCUCAACUAUUUGAUCCAAUUGUGUAAUGUUUUUUGACCAGCUAGAGACUGAAGCUAAAGUUGAUUAGCAGGCUGGGCUAACUCAGAAAAGCGUUCUGUCAAAGCAGUGACGAUGUAAAGAACUGCUAGCUGCUAACUGCUAACUGCUAACGUUUCGAAUGAACCAAUCCAGACUGAAGUUCCACUGACUGCAGAGGUCUGUUAACAUUUUUGGCUGACCCUCCUUCAGUGAAAUGAGAAAAUUAAGCUGUGACAGUGUGGUUGACUGAAUAGUUUUUGAGUUGCCCAACAGAUUGCCCAAUAGAUUGCCCAGCAGGUUGCCCAACAGAUUGCCCAGCAGGUUGCCCAACAGAUUGUCCAGCAGGUUGCCCAACAGAUUGUCCAGCAGAUUGCCCAACAGAUUGCCCAAUAAAUUGCCCAAUAAAUUGCCCAACAGCUAACGUCUAACUGACAUCCAGAACAUUCCAAGUGGUUGUUGUUGUUGUUGUUUUGUGUGUUUGGUUUUUUAAGAGUAUUUUUCUACACUUUUUUGUAUGUCACGCUUAUAACACAGGGUUGUUGGUGUGUGUGUGUGUGUGUGUGUGUGUGUGUGUGAACUUACAGUCACCGUACACGUGCACACGUGCACACGUAUGUUUGUAUGGGAUUCGUGUGCGUGCUGCUGAUGUCACGUCCUGAUUUAGCUGUUAUGACUUUGUUAUCACGAUGAUGAUGAUGAUGAUGAUGAUGAUGAUGAAGAUGAAGUGUUGUUGUUGAUUUAAAUGAACAGAUUGUAACCUCUAAUGUUUUGUGUGAACAUAUUGUGAAUAUUUGGUUUGUAUCACCUUCUGUCCCACCAAUAAAACUAAACACACUCUCUGUA